UGAGUGGGGUCAGUUGCAAGUUUGAUGGCACGAAGUGUAUGUCGUAUACGUAAACUGAAGAUGCAGCAGAAUGCACUCGGUCGUCUCGCAUGAGCUCACGCGACAAGCGAGAGAACGAGAAUAAAAAAGAAAAGAGAAGACAGUUAAAAUCUACUUAGUCAGCAAAGGCGCGAACAUCGAAAUGACGCGAUAGUUUCGCUCGACACGCCCGUGCUCCCGUAGGAUUAAAUGAAGGAGGCUGGCUCUCGUCGUCUCUCGAGAUCUUGAAUCCACGAUCGCGGAAUGGUUUCCCUGACGCGAGUCUGUUUCGUCGCACUUCUCUAUGUUUUUUCAGCAUUUUUGACGCACACAGCGGCGUCGCGCGUGAUUGAAUUAAGUGAUAGAUUUCUGGAUAUACGUAAAGACGGACAAUGGCUAGUUAUGAUGUAUGUACCAUGGUGCGCACAUUGCAAAAGAUUGGAACCAAUUUGGGCUCACGUAGCUCAGAAUUUGCAUGCUACGUCGAUACGAGUGGGACGUGUGGAUUGCACCAGGUUUACCAGCAUGGUACAUGCGUUCAAAGUGAAAGGAUUUCCCACUAUUCUAUUUUUAAAGGGUGAACAGGAAUUUAUGUAUCAUGGUGACAGAACCAGAGAUGAAAUUGUGAAAUUCGCUUUAAGAUUAAGUGGUCCACCUGUGCAAGAGAUUACGAGGACUCAAAGCUUUGACACUAUAAAGAGAGAACGUGACCUCUACUUCUUAUAUGUAGGAGAAAGAUCUGGAGUUUUAUGGGAACUUUAUCAUAAGACUGCGAACAUGUUUCAAGCGCAUGCAUUUUUCUAUCAGUCCCAUCCGAACGUCGUGAAUAAACACGCGCCGGUAGAGAACGUUCCGGCAUUAUUCGUGUACAAGGAGAACUCGCAUUAUAAUUUUACCGGACAUGAUCAGAUGAUUGACAUGAAGAGAACGAAUGAGACACUGUACAAGUGGGUGAACGCGGAGCGCUUCUCGACGUUCCCGAAGGUGACCAGAGGAAAUAUCAACCAAUUGUUCUUGACGAGCAAGAAUCUCGUUUUAGCGGUGGUGGAAGAAAAUCAGUUGGAAGAGGUCGCACCCGACAUGCUAGAAUUCAAAGAUAUGGUCGAGUCUGUAAUCAAGAGCAAACGGGAUAAGUAUCACGACCAUUUUCAGUUCGGUUGGAUAGCUAAUCCCGAUCUAGUCAAUAGUAUAGCGAUGAUGGUGCUACCCUUACCGAGCUUAAUUGUGAUAAACACGACCACGAAUCAUCAUCACAUUCCCGAGGACGAGACGGGGAAGUUGACUCCGUACAUGAUAGAACUGUUCCUGGAGCAGAUUCGUGACGAGAGCGCUCCGCGAUACGGUGGAAACGGUUGGCUGGUACGCAUUUAUAGGUCCUGGUUUGAGUUGAAAACUACUCUAAUUGCAAUGUGGAAGGGCAAUCCUACGUUGACGGUAUUAUUGUUUGGAUUACCAGCUGGAUUUCUGUCGUUGAUAUGUUACGGGACUUGCUGCCAGGAUAUCAUGGAUGCUGACGACGAAGAAGACGAAAAUUCCGGCUCGAGUCAUAUGAAGAAGGACUAAAAGUAAUUACGAUAAUAUCGCUCAGAGAAUUCCGAGAUACAUUUUUCAUUAUGUGUAAUAUAUACAAACGCUUGUGAUUACGUAUGUGACACGACGAUAUUUGCCAAAUCAUUCCUAACAACGUGACAAAUUUUAUGCAGUGAGGCGUGUUGCUGGCAUUUUAUAAUUUCCUUUUUCUCAUUUUGAUAGUGAAUCCAUAAUCGUGCGCUUCAAUCUUUCUGUUUUUUACAAUUGAGUCACGUGUCAAAAAGUGAUGCGUAUUCCAUGUGAAAAUACAAUCUAUCGAGUUAAGAUCGGGAGCAUGUACUCGGAAAAAAUCUGUCUUUUUAACCUAGCUUUUUAACAAAGAAAGUGUAAUAUCAAAAAUUUAUAUAUGAAAAGGUGAACAUUCACACACACAAUUCAUGAGGUCCUACUCAACAAUAAAUUGAGCAUUGGUCCUUGUUGCAUGUAUGAAUAAUACAAUGAUGAUAUAUAUACUGUCAAUAUAUGUACAAUACACAUAUAUUGUCAUUAUGUAAGUCAUGCGGAAUUGUUACUUGUUGUAUCGUGUAGACUGAAAAUGUGAUUGUGACCUCUUUGAGAUUAAAAAAUAGUCUUACGUGCGUAUGUGGCAUUCUGCAUUUGCCAAAAAUGUCUAUUUAUAUGUAUCAAAUAAAAAAAUAAGAAAAAUUAAAAA